AUGCGGUUUGAUUCUACAUUCGCUGUCGGCCUUAUGGCUAGCGCUGUUGCUGGUCGGGUUACACCACGUUCUGUCGUCGACAGGCCAAUAGUGGCACACUACAUGGUGGGUGGCCUCCAAAAGAGUGAUGUCCGUCAGGAUAUUCUCGACGCAAAGAAUAUUGGUUUGGAUGGCUUUGCGCUCAACUUUGACCAAUUCGCGUGGUGGUCCAAUGACACCGUAACCUUCAUGUUCGAUAAUGCCAAAGACAUUGGCGGCUUCAGUCUAUUCUUCUCUUUUGACCAUGGUCAUGGCGUUUUGAAAAGUCCCAUGGAUUACGCCGACUACUUCAAGCGUUAUAGCACUCAUCCUUCUUAUCUCAAGAUGCGAGACCCAUCUGAUAAUAUCGACAAGCCUCUCAUGUCUACCUUCGGCGGCGAGGACUUUACAGAUAACGACUGGAACAAGUUCAAGGGCAAAGUCGGCAACGUGCUAGUCGUGCCCGGCUUCUCUGAGAUCUACAACCCCAGCACCAGUUUCUUCGACAGCCGCACUGCUCUCGAUGGCGUAUUCAACUGGAACUCAUGGCCUGCAACGCAAGACGGAAAAGUCACCGUAUCUGCUGCGACGGACCGUACUUUCCAAACCGCUGCCGAUAAAGCGAACAAGCUGUUCAUGAUGGGUAUUUCGCCAGUACAAUACAAGCACCUCAGCAACAAGGACAACUGGUACCGUCGCGGCGAAGAUAACCUUGAGAACAGGUUUGGUCAGGUACUCGAUUUGCAACCAGACAUAGUGCAGCUCCAGACCUGGAACGAUGCCGGUGAGGGUCACUACAUGGGAAAGCUUCACCCAGAUCCGCUGGACGACAGAACGAAGCUUCUCACGGAUAAAUACGACCAUACAGGCUACUGGCAGAUUCUCCAACCCUUCAUCGCCGCAUGGAAGAGGGGCGACCGCACAACAGCGAACAUGCGUCCCACUAAUGGAAAAGCCGUUCAGGGCACUUUCUGGCACCAUACGCUUACAGUCGGCGGUACCUGCUACGACGACGACGUAGUCAAGUCGGGAGACAUUGCGAGGGCCGCCGAGGAUGCUGUGUCCGGCGUCGUGCUCGUCCCCGAAGGCAAAACCAACCUCGUAGCGGUUGUCAACGUCGGAACCAAGGAGCUAAAUAAGACGAAUCUGCGCCCUGGCUUCAACAAGUUCAAGUUCACCGGGCUCGAGAAGCUGAUUCCAGGAAAGGUGCAGUUGGAGGUUUGGGACGAGAGUACCAUGGUAGGCGGCGGAUAUGGAAGUAUUGAGGUUACGAACUCGAAGCCGCAGUGCAACUACCAGUUUCAGGUCGUCGGUGUACCUUCGUAG